UCAGCCUGUGCCCCUUAAACUUCUCUCCGGAGAAGCAUCCCUGCCGGAAAUGCAGCCCUAGCCAAUAAUAAAAAGUAUUCGCACUUAAUUCUAAGCCGCUGCUCCCUGCACGAGCCAUCUUCCUUCUUCCUCUGGUGCCAUCGGGCAGUCGACGACGAUGGGCAGAGAGGGAGGGGGAGGAGAGGGAGGGAAGCCCGGCAUUCCCUGCGAAAAUCCUGCUCUAGGAGACGGUAGAGAGCGAGCAGAAGGUAACAGACAAUAGGCGGGGGGCGGCGGCGGCGGGCCACGAGAGGCGCGAUGCUGGAGGAGCGAGCGCAGCGCGUCCCUGAGCGGGGAAGGGGCGUCCAGGGGAGCCUCUGGUCUACCUGCGUCCUCCGCGGGCCGCUCGCACCGCACCUGGGAGCCCUCUGAAGUUUGGUGGCCCGGGCGCCCCUUGAGCGGGAUCUACUGCCGUGACGACGAGGAGGCGGCGGCGGCGGCUGGCGAAGGCGGCUCGGCGAAGCGGAGCGCGGCAUGCCUGGAUGGGCACCCGCGCCUGAGCUCGCCGCUGCUUUGCGGGAGGAGGGAGAGGGAGCCGCGCUUCUGGAUCCCCGGCCAGGAACGAGAGCGAGCAGGGCAGGAGAGCCAGCCAGCUCGGAGAGUCUUGCUGGGCGCCAGCGCGUGGAGAUGAGGUCGGGCAGGCACCGCCGCCGGAUGGCAUGGAUGGCGGCGAAGUGAGCUCCAGCGGCGGCGACAGCCUCCCUCCUAGGCGAAAGCACCAUGCGGAGGAGCCAGCCGGCGAGGCGAGGCGGCGGCGGUGGUAGCUGCUGAAGGGGAAGCACCAGUUUUUCGGCUGCCCGCCCCGGGCUGUGUGAGUGUGUGUGAGCGAGCGUCGGGAAGGAGGUGGCCGGCCAGCCUCGCUAGAUGGCGAACGCCAGCGAGCUGGCAGGAAGCAGCAGCAGCAGCCCCCACCUGCCCAGCCCUGGCGGCCUCCUCAGCGCCUCCGGCCUCAAGCUAACGACGCUAGGCUUGAUCCUCUGCGUCAGCCUGGCCGGCAACGUGCUCUUUGCUUGGCUCAUCCUCAAGGAUCGCCACCUGCACCGCGCCCCUUACUACCUGCUGCUGGACCUGUGCCUGGCCGACGGGCUGCGCUCCUUGGCCUGCUUCCCCUUCGUCAUGCUCUCGGUGCACAGUGGGGCAGGCUCCUGGCCUCACAGCCCGCUCAGCUGCAAGGUGCUGGCUUUCUUGGCCGUGCUCUUCUGCUUCCACGCUGCCUUCCUGCUCUUCUGUGUGGGUGUGACGCGCUACAUGGCCAUUGCCCAUCACCGCUUCUAUGCCAAGCGCAUGACGGGCUGGACCUGCCUGGCUGUGGUGUGCAUGGUGUGGACCCUCUCCAUGGCCAUGGCCUUCCCGCCCGUCUUUGACGUGGGCACCUACAAAUUCAUCCGGGAGGAGGAGCAGUGCAUCUUUGAGCAUCGCUAUGUCAAGGCCAAUGACACCCUGGGUUUCAUGCUCAUGCUUGCCACUGUCAUUGCAGCCACCCAUCUCGUGUAUGUCAAGCUCCUCUUCUUCAUACACGGCCACCGCAAGAUGAAACCGGCCCAGCUGGUGCCCGCCAUCAGCCAGAACUGGACUUUCCAUGGGCCUGGAGCCACUGGCCAGGCAGCUGCCAACUGGACGGCUGGCUUUGGCCGGGGCCCCACCCCUCCUACCUUGGUGGGCAUCAGACAAAGUGCCACCCAUAGCCAGAUCAAGAGGCUGCUGGUCUUGGAGGAGUUCAAGAUGGAGAAACGGAUCUGCAAAAUGUUCUAUAUGAUCACCCUGCUCUUCCUGCUCCUCUGGUCCCCCUAUAUUGUGGCCUGCUACCUGCGUGUCUUCAUCAAGGCCAGCACAAUCCCCCAAGUCUACCUGACCGCCUCUGUCUGGAUGACCUUUGCUCAGGCAGGGGUCAACCCUAUCCUGUGCUUCAUUUUCAACAAGGAGCUUAGAGUCUGUUUCAGAGCUCACUUCCUCUGCUGCCAAAGCCUACAGAAUACUCAAGGCACCAUUCUGUGUGAUCUGAAGAAUUUUGCGAUGUAGUUUAUCUUUCUAUUUUUUAAAAAAUGAAUAAUUUCUAUGAGUUUGUUUUUGCAUAUGCACUUGAGAGAUUGUUAUCUAAGGAGACACUUUGACUGCCAUGUGGCACUUCUCACCAUCCUUAGGCUCUAAGAGGAUAUUUAUUUAUGGAUGUGUGGAUUUAUUUGGCGAUGGGGGGUGGGCUGGGGUAAUAACACAGGGCUCCACAUUUCUUGGCUGCUUCUAAUGUUUGUAGAAAUGAUUCUGAUUUGGAUAAAAAGGCCAUAAUUUUGUUUUUGUUUUUUUUAAUCCUGCUGGGUUUUGAUAAAGGCUAAACAAUUUUAUUCAUGUAAGAUUUGAUAAAAGGCCAAGCUGAAAUUUUAUACUAAAGCAUUAUUUUUGAUGACCUCAAAGUAUCAUGUUACAAUGAGUGUUUUUAAAUGGUAACCAAGAAGGAGAAAUUGUACUGUGUUUAGGAGUCAGUUCUGGGUGUGGGAGCUUUUGGGUUAGCUUGGGUUUCAGUACUUAAAGCCGUGACUUUCUGACUUUGCCUGAAAUAGAACCAUGAGAUGCAGUCCUUACCCACAGCCUAAGUGUACUCAAGUUGUUAGAUUGUUCUUUUGAUCUCAAAGGCAGGAAGGGUCACUUGCUCUGAUGUAGAACUUAUUUUACAUUUGCUUGUUGCACUGUUCCCUUGAUAAUAUCUUAGAACUCUUGGAAAAAAACUCGUUAAUUUUAAAAGUGGAAUCAUCAUAUAUAUCUAUAUCAACUUUAGGAAAAGGUCAACAUCAGGUUUUUAAAUUACACUGAAUUUCAUACUUUACUGACUUUAUAAGAUGUUAUCUAUAAAUGGGACAAUACUUGUACAUUUUGACUGUUUUAAUAAAACACCGUCCAAUUUUCGUACA